UUUGGGAUUUCUGAGCGCUCCUUCGCUCAAACCAGAUUUUCCUGCAGGACUGGAGUCGCAGCGAAUCCCGACUCUACGAAAACGACCAUUCCAGCCUCACCCUUCAGGAAAAAGAGAGCAGGGGCGGGCUUUUGCUGGGGUCAAAGUUUUCACUGAGCAUAAAACUAAGAAGGGGGGAAACGAGCCUAUCUGCAACUUUUAAAAGACACUUUCACACGUAUCAGGUACUGUUUACUUUCUGCAAGCAUAAAGAUGCGUUGAUGGUGCAUAUAUUACUUUGAGGAAAAAAGCAACAUACAUUGAUUAGAAGAAGAAAUCGCGAACAGUUAUGGAUUUCAGAUGCUGUUUUAAUGUUAUUUACAUUAUGCUAUUUUGACGCAUUUGGUGCACAAGUAAUAAACCGUCAAGCGAGAAGAUCUACGAUCUUAAUUUCUGGGAGUUGUAAUUCGGUUUUGGUUGGUAAAAACCUUUUCCCUGCUUCCAGGAAAUCACGAGUUAUCGCAUCUCCGAGGUUGGAUUUUUUCAGCCGUUUCCAUUAGACUUUGAAGAAACCCACAAAGAUACUGAUGGAUGCAAACUACUAGACCAUCAAAUCACAGUUAUUUUAUUAAAUGUGAAUAGUUUUGAAAGUGGGGUUAAGGAUUUACCAUCCUAACCACCUAAAAAUAAUUGUACACAUCCGCUUUUUUAACUGCUUUCCGGAGACGAAGUGGAUUUGCUCCUUAUUUUGUUGUAAGCAGACUUAAAGUUUAAUUUGCAAAGGAAAACGCAAAAUGUACGCGCACCUGUAAUAUUCAGCAGCUGCUUGAGUAUUUGCAUACUGAUAAAAUUACCAGGUACAGGGUAGUAUUUUUCACAAAGGAGGAACUGAAGAUGGAUUGAAGUUGUCUAGUCAUCAUGACAAAAGUAUAUAAAUAAAAACAAGCUGCAACUUGACAUCUUCAUUGAGUCUAGUUUAUCUAGCGUGACGGCGAGAGGCUCCCGCGGUGUCCCCGAUGUCUCGGUACCUGAGACACUUCACGGUGGUGGGCGAUGACCAGGACAGGCUGGCCCGGCUGCACGAGGAGGAGCACCUGGAGGCCUCUGCUGAGCUGGAGGCCGAGCGGCCGGUAGAGCAUGCCCUCACCUUCCGCCAGUCUCUGCAGAGGCUGUUCGCCUCCAACAAGUUCCAGAUCUCUGUGGUUUGCUUGGUGAUCCUGGAUGCUGUCUUUGUGCUCUGUGAACUGCUUCUGGACCUGGCUAUCAUCAAGGCAGAUAGUGAGAAGAUUGCCCCCAAGGUGUUCCACUACCUGAGUCUGGCUCUACUAACCUUCUUCAUGGUUGAGCUGUUGGGGAAACUCUUUGCCUACCAGCUGGAGUUCUUCAAACACAAGUUUGAAGUGUUUGACGGGAUUGUGGUCAUUGUGUCCUUCAUACUGGAUAUUGUGUACAUCUCUCACGAAGACGCCUUCGACGGCGUGGGGCUGCUCAUCCUGCUUCGUCUCUGGAGGGUAGCCCGCAUCAUCAAUGGGGUGCUGGUCUCCGUGAAGACUCGGGCUAAUUAUAAACUAGAGAAACUUAAAACUGCCAACGAACACCUCACUCAACAGGUCAACGAUCUCCAGCAACGCAAAGCCCACAUGGAGGAUGAAAACAACAGACUACGCAGACUGUUACAGCAGCAUGGGAUUAAGUACUAGAAUGUGCAAGGGAAGUCUGUAGAACGUCACCUGAAGUCAAGAAUGUUGUGGCAUGAUAACGAUUAUGUUUUUAUACAUAGUGACAUGUAGCAAAGAGGAAAUGUCAGUGGGUGCUGGGCAUUGAUUUUUUUUUUUCUGUACAGGUAAUUAUCCAGAGUACAGAGUAAGUUUUUAUUUUGCUUUACUUAAAUACAUUCCAUUUCAGAGGUCUGAUUUCCAGCAGAAAGAGAGAUCCAGGGCACUUGCUUUAAUGUAUAGGCGCAGCUCAAGGCUGUUAUGAUGCAUUGUGAUGCCUCAGGGGUACAAACAGGCAUGUCCCACACUCCAGACACGCCCCUCUUUUCCUGGUGUGGAACCUUUUCCACACCUGUACACCCACUCCCCUCCGCGAGUGGUGCAGACACUGCCCACUCCUCAGUGUGUGUGUGUGACGGCACACAUGCAGGCUUCCUGGGAACUCUGGGCCUUUGGUUCUGGGGAUCCGCGAGCGCGAGUCUCCGUCACAGCCCUGCCCCUGCCCCUGCCCCUGCCCCGCCUGGGGUCCUUCGCUCGCACUUACCCGAGCCACGCCGAGCUUCAUCCUGAUGACGCCCUGGAGCUCGGAGCCUCCCUGCUCAUGCCCACGACCCCUACUGGCUCUCUCAUCCCUCAUGAUGAGUACUUGCCGUUUUAUUCUUUAACUUUUAGUUUACUUACUAAGUGUUCCACUGUCUGGUCAUUUUAUUGACUGAAUAUCUUGGAAUUAUUGUCUUUAAUAACCUUGCAAACAUUCUGUAGUAAAAGAGCCUGACCUAUGAAUUCUGAUUUUAGAUGUCCAAAUUACCAUAGAAUUGUAAAAGUGUAUGUGUUAUUUUUGUGAGAUAUGCUUAAUGGCUCUUUUUAUGUGUCGGUGCUUAAAUGUGAAGCUAUGUUUAAGAAAAAAUGGGAAUUCAGAUUUUGUGACAUAUUUAAAGAGAUAUAUACAUAUUUUUCUAUUUUAAAAGUACUCAAACAUAUAAGACACUUGUAAGGGAGAGUCUUUAUCCAAAAUUCAUAUUGUCACAAACAAAAUAUACCAUUGCUAAUGGCAUUAAAGAUUGCAAACAUUGUACA